AAACGGUUUCCUUGUUGGAUAAGAAUCAUAGCAAGCGAGAGGAACCAGUCUUUUGGAAGACCGAAGGAAAUAAAUAGUGCCAAUGCAUAACUACCAAUUCGGACACCUCCUCGGCUUCCGCAGCAUCAGCCUGUCAUUUGUAGCCAUCGUAAUAAGCCUGAACAAUUACUGUUGCAGUGGUCAAGACACUGAUUUCAAAUGUCCAUCGUCAGGAUUCAGUUGGCAGGCUGACCCUCGUAACUGCAGUGUGUCCCAUUUGUGUGUAUUCGGUAAACUUGUGCAGACCAUUUCAUGUCCGAAGAAAGGUUUAGUGAUAGGACAGGACAAUUACUCUUGUGUACCGAAAGGAAGUCAUUUUGACAAUUGUGGGAAACGGAUCAAGCUUUUUGUCGUCAAUGAUCCCCGAUGUGCAAGAAACCCAAAUGGCAACAAUCCAGAUGCCCGUAAUUGUGCUCAGUUUAUAAACUGCUUCAAUUCCACCUCAAUGGGUCUGCAGAAAUGUCCUGAAGGCCUUUUCUUCUCGACGACCAACUUCACCUGUGAAUAUCCUGAAAACGUCUCCUGCGGUUCACGAUCGAUAUCACCUGAAUACCGUAAUCUGCUUAAAAUUGGAGAAAGAUGUCGGAAUGAAGGAACACAUUUAAUCCCAAAUCCUACAGAUUGUCACAGAUAUUAUCAAUGCCAAGGCGGUUUAGAUUCGCCUAAAGCAUGCUCUCCAGAUCUUGUUUUCUCGAAAAAAGCCCAGGCCUGCGUGCAACCGUGGGAAGCCCCAGAUGUCAAAUGCUGAGAGAAAACGAAAUUUUUUCGUUUCGCAGCAUUUAAAAUUAUUGAGACAAAUGAUGUACUCUUGUAUAGAGAAAGUCCUAUACAAUUAGAAACUGGAAUUUUGCUUCGAUUACCAGGAAAAAAAACACAGCAAACCAUAUAUUUUCAUUAUUAGUUUUCAUGUUCUGACGAAAAUAGCAGCCAACGUUAACAAAUCAAGAGACGGUUGAGAGAGAAUUUGAAGUAAUUCAACACAUGGUUCACUUUCUGAAUAA